AUGUCAUCCAGUGAAGCUAAUUCUUCCAUUCGAUUUAAUUGGUCGGCCAUUUUAAGUGAUGAUUCUGCUCAACCUGCGUUGUAUAAAUACAACGAUACACUUGAUGUUGCCGAUUUAUCAAAGUAUACCGAUGGUGUUAGCAAGGUACCACUCAAUCAGUGCUUUUGGUAUUUGAAUGACUGGGAUCCCAAACCGAAUGCUUCAGGUUUGCUGUCUGUAGGUCUUAGAUGCAAUGAUACUCUUUCGGCAAAUAUACUUGGCACACAUGGUUACAUAGAAUUGCGGUUCACAUUUUCAGAAAGGGAUCACUAUUUGCAUGAUGCUCCCCAUGUCGUUUUAGUAGGCGGAUUGGCCGUUCGAAUCAAAGUUACCAUGAAGCGUCUUUCUGUUGCAAAAACAAUGGAGGCCCAGUUCGCUAGGACUCGGUGGGGCUUAGGGUUGGCCCUGACAUCAAAUAGCUCUCUACCCCCGAAUGCUUCAUUUACAAAUUCAACUGCAGUAUCGAUUAAUGAUGAACCUGCUCCCGGUACAUUCAAAGAUUUUGCCAUCUUCCUGAGUAAUAACUCAUAUGCAACCUGGAAGUCAGUCUGUUACGUCAAAGCGCAGCCUGCUGAAUUAAAAACUAGUCGGUCUGUCACUGUCUCACUGCAGUCACUGAUGGAUAAGAGUACCAACAAACUCGUCUUGAAGAGGUCCUUCCUGCCCUUUAUCUUCGGCCAAGAUCUGCCUGCUAUUCGAACUGUGAAUAUCAGUUUUGGCGAUUCAGGUGAUGGAUUCUAUAAUGCCUCCAAGUAUAUUCAUUGGUGA